AUGGUGAUACGUUUCUGUGAAUUUGUGCUUUCCACGGCCGAUACAAAAAAUGAAAAGCUGACGGAUGCAUGUUCUGUUUUUAUAUUUACUGCCCUUUCUACCUUAUACGCUGCGAAUUCUUCCGUGCGUCCAUGGAAAGAGGUGACGUUGCUCUUGGCAUCGUGCGGGAGCAUCUCUGUUGUUCGGGACAUGGUAAAGCUCUUCUCAGAGUGGCCUGAUAUUUCUCUUCGAGCAAAGACUGAAGCUUAUGGGAAAGUGAUGGCGCAUCUCUUGAAGCGGUCCCCAGAAGUAAACGAUGGAGUUGUGUUGGUAAAAGUGCUGUUCCAAACAAGGCAGGAUUUUGAUGAAAGGUUAGCCUCCCGGAAAUCCUCACAAUUGCAGCUACUCGCAGCCAUUGCCGAGAAACCGGCGUACGUGGAGGCUUUGUCAGAAAAGCUGGGUGAAUCCCUCGAAAAGAGGCUUCUUGCCGCAGCUGUUCGGUACCGAAAUGCCACCAAACCAAGGGCUCUUGCAACUAAAGAGGUGAUUCUUCAAAGGCUUGAUAAGAUCCGCUCUGUUUCCAGCGCAGAUUAUAGUCCGGGUAAGGCGCUGAAAAGGAAACGUGAAUAG